AUGGCUCGGACCCUGCAGCCCAGCACUUGGGAGCAGGCCAAGGCGGUGCUGACCAGGAGCCUGCUGGCCGCGUCGUCGUCGCGCAGGAGCAUCAUCGACGACGCCGAGUCCUCGGCCACGGACGUCAAGACGGCCUUCUCCAGCUGGGACAACUGCAUGGCGACCGACUACUGCAAGUGGCCCGCCAUCGCCGUCAUGGUCGUGGGCGGGCUCAUCCUGCUCAGCGUGCUGUGGUGCGUGGCCCGGUGCUGCUGCUGCGCCAAGUCGUGCUGCUGCAGCUGCUUCUCCUGCCUCAAGUGCUGCGGCAACUGCUGCGGCUGCUGCGACCCCCCCGGCAGCCGCGGCCGCAACAAGCAGUACCUCCAGGAGCCCUACAUGCCCCCGCACCAGGGGUACCGCACCGAGCCGGCCAUGCAGGCCCCCUCGUACGGCAUCACCUCGACCGCGCCCCAGUACGCCGAGUUCGACGUGCCCCGCAGCGGGAACAAGGGCGGCGGCGCCGGCGGCGAGGACUCCCUCCCGUCCAUGCCCAGCUGGGAGGGCGCCAGCUCCAAGAAGAUCGAGAUCGAGGACGGCGCCGUGGAGCUCGACAACCUCGAGAAGAAGCCGGCCGCGUCCGAGAAGCCGCCCCUCAGCCCGGGCGCCCCCUCCAACGCCGGCCGGCAGACACCCACCCUCCCCGUCAUGAUGGGCAGCGGAGCCGCCGUCGCAUCCGCAUCCGCAGCCUACGGCAACCCCAGCGGCAGCAGCGCGGACCCCUACGCCGCCCCUUCGUACCGCCACCAGGAUCCCUACGCCGCCCAGCCAGCCGGCGGCUUCGGCAUGUACGGCGCCGCCAACAACAUGAACGGCAUCAACAGGGUCAACAACACCCCCUCCUCCUACGACCAGCCCUACGGCCCGCCCGCCGGCCGACAACCCUACGGCAACCAGCAGCCCUACGGCGGCCAGCAGCCCUACGACGCCCAGGCUCACAGCCACUACGAUCAGGGCUACGGCCCGCCCGCCGGCCAGCAGCCCUACGGCAACCAGCAGCCCUACGGCAGCCAGGCCUACGACGCCCAGGGCAACGACACCUACAACAGCAACAACAACUACAACAACUACAACAACGAGUACGGCGCGCCGGCCGACCCCUACCGCCACACCACGUCCCCCGGGCCCGGACCCGCCAUGGCCGCCCUCUCGGGUUACGGCAUGGCCCGCCAGGGCAACGUGUCCCAGGACCCGUACGCACCGCCGCGCGUCGGCAGCCCCCGCGUGGCCAGCCCCGGUCCCGGUCCGGGCGGGAGCUACCGAGGCUACGGCGCCGGCCCCGGCACACCCGCCACGCGCGGCACGGCCGACCGAUCUCUCAGCAAUAGCAGUCCCGCACCGCCCUACGGUAUGGACCCCCGCAUGAGGAACUCACCCGAACGGGAGGGCUCCCCCAUCGUCAACACCGGCGGCUUCGACUUCACCUCUGGCUUCUCCAGGCCGCAGACGAGCGACUCGGAGAAUGCGCCACCCCCGUCCGGAGCCAACCCGUUCGCCACGCCGCCUGGCCCACCUGCUGCUGCCGCUGCCUCUGCUGCCUCCAGCGCUCCCACACCGGCCGUCCUCGCUCCAGGAUCGGGGGCCGCUUCGAAUGAGAGUUAUCCUGGUUACAAACCAUACAGAGCUUAG